AUGCAUACGGUGUAUGUGAACCAUAUCAACGAGAAAAUCGCCCAGCAUAAGCUCCAGCGUGUUCUCCGACGGCUCUUUGGCCGCUACGGUACGGUUUUGCAAGUGACAAGCCAUGGGAAUUUGAAAAUGAAGGGCCAGGCGUUUAUCACUUUUGAAGACGCCAAAAGCUCAGAAAAGGCCAUGGCAAAGCUUCAGAACUACCCGCUUUUCAAGAAACCAAUUAGUAUAUCGUUGGCAAAGAGCGAGUCUGAUGAUCUAUUACUAAAAGAGGGGAAAACAGACCUUGUGGAGGAGAGAAAGCAGAAGAAGGCUCAACGGAACGAAGAGCAGGCCAAGGAGAAGAAAAGUACGGAUCUGGGCGCCACGUCGAAACUCACAAAGUCCCAGGUCAAGUACUGGAAGUCGUUGCCGGCUCACAAGGUGCUUCUUUUGCAGAAUGUCGACAAACAACACCUUUCUACGGAGGCCUUGGAAACGAGGUUUUCAAACUAUGCUUCUUUCGAAACCGCCAGAGCCAUUCCCUCCAGAAACCUUGCAUUUAUCAAUUUUGAAAACGAAGACGCCGCCACCGCUUGUCUCUCAGCUUUCGAUACUACCGAAUUGGGCACCGACGUCCUACUAACAUAUGCCAAAAAGUAA